AUGCUCCGCCGACCUCGGCCUCAUCCGCCUCCUACCUCUCCUCACCGGCUCCAACAGCGAUACAUCACCAUGGGAGCGCUUCUCUCGAUCCCCAUCAUCGGGGGUGCAGGAGCUAUCGGCAGCUCGAUUUUGAGCUGCUUCGCGGUCUGCAUGGGUGGAACGGCCGCGUCGGCGUUCUGCAAGAGCUGCAACUGCAACAGCUCGAUCGCGACCCGUGUCGGCUAUGGCCUCAUAUUCGCGCUCGCGGCGAUGAUGGCGUACUUGAUGCGGACCGACAUCAUGAUCAAACAGCUUGAGCGGCUGUCAUGGGACUGGAUAAAGAUGGAUUGCAGCGGGGGCAAGUGCUACGGCCUGCUGGCGGCGCACCGGUUCCUGUUUGCUCUGACUCUGUUCCACAUCAUUCUCUCGAUUCUCCUCAUCGGCGUGCGGAGCACUAAGGCCAAGCGCGCCGCGAUCCAGAACGGCUGGUGGGGACUCAAGAUUAUCGCCUACCUCGCCCUCUGCUUCAUUGCCUUCUUGAUUCCGAACGAGUUCUUCAUGUUCUACGGCGCGUGGAUCGUACCGCUGGGCGCGUUCGUGUUCAUUCUCAUCGGUCUCGUGCUCCUCGUCGACUUCGCGCACACGUGGUCAGAGACCUGUCUCGACAACUGGGAACGCACAGACAGCAACCUGUGGCAGUUUAUCCUCGUCGGCUCCACUUUCGGUCUCUACGCCGCGACGCUCGUGGUCACCAUUGUGCUCUUCGUCUUCUUCUCUGGCGGCGGCUGCGGCCUCAACACGUUCUUCGUCACUGCCAACCUCGUCAUGACCGUCGUCGUGACCAUCCUCGCCAUCAGCGGACCAGUGCAGGAAGCGAACCCCAAGAGCGGGCUGACGCAGGCGUCCAUGGUCGCGGCUUACUGCACGUACCUGACCUCGUCCGCGGUCGUGAACCACACGGACGACGGGCACUGCAACCCGAUCCAGAAGGCGACGAGCGGGACCAAGACAACGACGGUGAUCCUGGGUGCCCUCUUCACCUUCCUCGCGAUUGCGUACAGCACGACGCGCGCCGCGACGCAGUCCAAGGCUCUGGUCGGCAAGGGCCACCGCGCGGGCGCGAUCGCGCUGCCGGAGGACGACGACGCCGAAGUGCGCCUGGUCACGAACCAGCCCAAGGGCCGGCGCGACGAGAUGCGGUACCAGGCCAUCCUGGCGGCCGUGAAUGCGGGCUCUUUGCCUGCGUCGGUGCUGGAUGAGCCCGAGGACGACGAGGACGAGAUCGACGGCAUUGUCGGCGAGGACCGCGACGACGAGCGCGCAGGCACCAAGUACAACUACUCGUGGUUCCACGUCAUCUUCGCCAUUGCCGCCAUGUACACGGCCGGCCUGCUCACCGACUGGCAGGUCGUCAGUACCGAGCCCGUCGCACACCCCUCGGACCCGAAGGAGCAGUUUGCAUCUGUAUUCGAGAACAAGGACCAGGACGUCUACAUCGGCCGCUCUGAGGCGACCAUGUGGAUGCGCAUCGUAUCCUCGUGGAUCUGCUACGCGCUCUACUCCUGGAGCCUUGUCGCGCCCCUCGUCAUGCCCGACCGUUUCGGCGACGACUAG